GUAGGAGAGUCGUAAGCCGCGCAUGCGCGCUGAGCAUCUGUCUAAAAAGAAUCGCUCCAUUGUGACGUAAUCGCUGUUUACGCCGAGUGUUCUACUCUGUAUCUCCGUGACGUCACGCGUGCGCAAAAUGCCGAUCACAACGGAAUGUUUUUUCUUCUUUUCUUCUCGCGUGGUUUCACCCUCGGGGGAGGCAAGAGAAGCGUCUUCACGCACGCGCACUAAACGCAAGCGGCAGCUGACGGGCGAGCGAAGAAGAAAAGUGGAGGAGAGGAACAGGAAGUUUUUGGAAAGACGCAAAACUCAGGAGCGCGUACUCGGUGAUGACCUGUGAAAAAAAGCGGAGCGGCUUCCAGAUCACCAGCGUGACCUCAGAUUUCAAUCAACCCUGGACGGGUCCAUCGGCUCCCGGCGUGAUCCUGACCGUCGUCCAGUCGAAAUCCGCCUUCCACAGCGCCCGGGGCAGCUCCUCCCAGCCCACGACGCCCUCCCCGAAGAGGAGGCAUAUAUCCCACGACCCCUUAGGGCAAGGGACGGGCGCCUCCUCCAGAUUCCGACUCGUGCGAUUGGUGGGAGGCGCCGCGGCCGGGCAGGGACAUGGCGACACGUACGGGCGCGGUCGUUGGUUGUGCACGGAGUUUAAGGAAGGACCGGGACUUAAGCGAGUCAUGGACAACAUGAGACACGCCCACUCGCUGGAGUCUCUGGAGUCAAUUAGCGGAGGGGUCUGUUUACCGUCACAGCCAAUCACAAACAAACAAACACAGGAGCGACUGGUGCCUUCUCAGCCUUCUCCGUUACACCUGGGCACUCAUCCCAAGAACCGGUCUGUCCUCAGGCUGUCUCGCUCUCAGCCGAGCUCGCCCCCUACAACUCUGACUCUCAUCCCCACUCGGACGGCGUUGGGUUUGGACCAAAACGCCGCCUUCAGCCUGCCGGCGGACAUCAGCGUGGUUGCUAUCGACAACAAGAUCGAACAGGCCAUGGACCUGGUGAAAAGUCACCUGAUGCUCGCUGUACGGGAAGAGGUGGAGCUUCUGAGGGAACAAAUCAGGGAGCUGCAAGAAAGGAACCAGCAGUUGGAGGCAGAAAAUCACACCCUGCGGAAACAGGCGCACUCAGACCCCAGACCUACUUCGCCCGCUGCUCCGCCUACGGGGUGACGGACAACUCCUGAUGAAGAUUGCCAGGGAAAAAGCCCCAUUGGACAUUUCGGUUAAAGAAACAUCACAUUUUCAUUGUGCUUGUAAAAUUUCUGCCUUCACCCUCUUCUUCUAACUUAUGGAACUCAUGGAUCAAUUUUUCUUAGGUCAUCUCUCUGACUUUGUACUACUUAAGGUGGAACCUGGGGGAAAAAAACACAAGGAGAACUUCAGAACUGUACUAACUGGACUAAGAGUGGGAACCUAUUGGUACCUCAUGAACAAAAAAAACAAGCUUCUAGUAUGAAUUGGAAUUAGGUUAUCACUAGUAGACGUCCAAUCCAUUUGAACUGGGAGGGUGGCAGCGAAUGAACAUUCGUUCAUUCGCUGCCAUCCCUCUCAGUUCAAACGGAUUGAACGUCUAUGGCUGUCAGUGGCAGUCAAUGCCAGGCAAUUAGGUAAUUUUGGGCCAUUUAAAGUCUCACUGGAACGGCAUCAAACAAAAGUUCCAGCAUCAUCACCUUGUCCAAUGCAAAUUCUUGACUCUUGACACCUUGUCCAAUGCAAAUUCUUGACAAGGUGAUGAUGCUGGAACUUUUGUUUGGUGCCGUUCCAGUGAGAUUUACAAAGAUGAAUGCCUGAAGAAGACAUCAAAAUUCCCUUAGUAAACAUUGACACCUUUUUAAAACGAUAUCUCGAUUCUUGGCAGGAGCAAAACAAGCUUCUAGUGUGAAUUGGAAUUAGGUUAUUCAUGAAUAUUCGGUCAUUCGCUGCCAUCCCUCCCAGUUCAAAUGGAUUGAACGUCUAUGGCUGUCAGUGGCAGUCAAUGCCAGGCAAUUAGGUAAUUUUGGGCCAUUUAAAGUCUCACUGGAACGGCACCAAACAAAAGUUCC